AUGCAGCUCCUGAUCGGCGACACGCCCCGCGACGACGAGCUCAAGUGCUUCGUGACCCUGUCGCUCACCCAGACCGUCUUCUCCGUCGCCCCUGCCGACCAGCGCUCGUACGCCACGUGCGGCGUGCAGCUCGCGGUCGAACCACAGAACGAGCGCAUCUUUUCCGCCAAUGCCGUGUGUCGCUACGUGGCCGCCGCAGCGCAGCAGCUCCAGAGCGACGACCUGAUCGUGGACGAGUGGAUCGAGUGGGAGGCGAACCGACUGGCGCCGUGGCUGCAGACAGUCGCGUCGCGCGGCCGUUUGCACACGAGCGAACAAGUGGCGCAGGAGUUGACGGCGCUGCUCGCGGCAAAGGACGAAGAAGGUCGAAAGAGUGGGCGCCAGGAGGACCGGCGCUGUCUCUUUGGCUCGGACCUGUCCCUGGCCGACGUAAUCGUGGGCGUCACGCUGCGCGCUGCUUUUGAGCUCGUGACCGAGCAGCAAAACGAACCACCACUGCUCGAGACGUAUCGACGAUACGUGACGCAGCUCUUUGCCCGUGAGGACGUUGCGUUGGGCGUCGCGAGUAUGGAGCGAGCGCUGCAGAAGGGCAGUGGCGGCGCUGCUGGUGCGGCUGCUGCCGGUGCGGCUUUGGUUGUUGACGGCGAGACCGCUGUCGUGCGGUCGACGUUCGAACUUGACGAAGAGCUUGAGAAGGGUCUGACGUUCCACAACAUUUUGGCUAUCGUCGAGUCGAUCUUUGAUGCAGCUGUCAAGACUGCGUACCCUGGUCUGGCUGUCCCGCCUGUAGAGGUCACGCGCACGAACGUCAAGAACGCCAAGUUUGGCGAUUACCAGUGCAACUCGGCCAUGGCUAUCUUUACCGCGCUGAAGGGAACGCCGCAUGCUGCCCAAUCGCCGCGGGCUGUCGCCAGCGCUAUUAUUGCCGCGAUGCCGGAGACGCGCGUACUGGACCGUCUCAGCGUUGCGGGCGCGGGGUUCAUCAACGCUUUCUUGACGCGCGAUUUCGUGGUCAAGCGAUUGCAAAACGUGCUGGUGAACGGUGUGCAGCCGGCUCCACAAAAGCAGCAGACCGUUGUCAUUGACUUUUCGUCGCCGAACAUUGCAAAAGACAUGCACGUGGGGCACCUGCGCUCCACGAUUAUCGGAGACACAAUGUGUCGCAUCCUCGAGUUCCAGGGUCAUAAUGUGAAGCGCAUCAACCACGUGGGUGACUGGGGCACUCAGUUUGGCAUGUUGAUUUGCCACCUCACGGAGACGUACCCGAACUGGGAGACAGAGAUGCCGAACGUCACGGACCUCACAAAGCUGUACAAGGCCGCGAAGGAGCGCUUCGAUGCCGAUGCAGACUUCCAUGAGCGCUCGAAGGCACAGGUGGUGCUACUGCAGUCCGGUGACGAAAAGUCUCGCAAGGUCUGGACGACCUUGUGUGACAUCAGUCGCCGUGAGUUCCAGAAAGUGUACGACCGUCUCGGCGUGUCGCUCACGGAAAUGGGCGAGUCGUUCUACAACCCGAUCAUUCCGGGUGUUCUGGACCAACUGCGUGCCAAGGGUCUCAUGGAGGAGAGCGACGGCGCCGAGGUGGUGUUCACCAAGAUCUACAAGCAGCCAUUCUUGCUCGUGAAGAGCGAUGGCUCGUACUUGUACGCGACGACCGACAUUGCUGCGCUGUGGUACCGUCUUCACGAGAUGCAAGCGGACCGCAUUAUUUACUACACGGACUACACGCAGAAAGACCAUUUCAAUCUGCUGCUCGAAGUCGGCCGCAUGUCGGGUAUCUACGAUCCCACGAAGCAGCGCGCAGAUCACGUUGGCUUCGGUACGGUGAACGACGAGUCGGGCAAGCGCUUCAAGACUCGCUCGGGUGAGGUCGUGCGCCUCGUGGAGCUGCUGGAUGAGGCAAAGAUCCGCAUGAAGGCGCAGCUGAUAGAGCGCAUCGAGGCGGGACAGACGGCGCUGCCUAUGGACCAAGUGGACAUUGCGGCCGAAAAGCUCGGGUACGGUGCCGUCAAGUACUUUGAUCUACGUCAGAGCCCCACGUCCAACUACAUUUUCAGCUUUGACCGCAUGCUGUCGACGAACGGCGACACGGCUGUGUACCUCAUGUUCGCCUUUGCACGUCUGUCCUCGAUCAUUCGAAAGUCGGGCGUCGACAUGGCGGCACUCGUCGCGCAGCAGCUGAAGGAUGGCAACGUGCUGAAGCCCGAGCACCCGACGGAGCAAGCGCUGGUCACCGAACUGCUGCAGCUGCACGACGUGAUUGCGUUCAUCAACAAGGACCUGAACUCCAAUCGCUUGUGCAGUUACCUGUACACGAUCUCGGAGAAGGUGCAGACGUUUGUCACGGCGUGCCGUGUGCUCAACAGCGAAGAGCAGAGCAGCCGUUUGCUGCUGUGCGACGCCACGGUCAAGACCAUGAAGACGUGUUUUGCGCUGCUCGGCAUUGACCCGCUGGACCAGAUCUAA